AAUGGGUUUUAAGCUUUAUUUCUCCCUUUGACUGAUUUCGGUUUUUAGAGGUAUUUUGCCCCAGGAUUUCCUCUCCACGGCCUAACACCCGGAAAAGGAUCCCACUGACCAGGAAGUUUCAUAUGGGAUCUCCGGAGCCUGGGCAAUGGCUCCAGGGUGACUUCUCGGGCCUUCCGCUUUUCCCAGUCCUACUGAAGCGGCUGAAACGCGCCAGGACGCGCGGUCCAAGCCGGUGCAAUGGGACUGCAAGCCCCGCCCGCGCUUCUCCUGCUGAUCUUCCUACGGACCGUGGCCACUCUGGGACCAGCGCCGCGUGAGUGCGGUGGCUGCGGGCGCGGCGGGGUUAGAAAACCGAAACUAGCUUUCUUAGCGAUUGGAGCUGGCGAAGGGUCACACUCUCUGCACUACCUCUUCAUGGGCGCCUCACAGCCGGACCUGGGGCUUCCCCUCUUCGAGGCCUUGGGCUACGUGGACGACCAGCUGUUUGUGUCCUACGAUCACAAGAGUCGCAGAGCAGAGCCCCGAGGCCAAUGGGACUGGGGUGGGGCCGCCAGCCCACUUUGGCUGCAGCUGAGUCAGAGCCUGAAAGGGUGGGACCACAUGUUCAUCGUCGACUUCUGGACCAUCAUGGACAACCACAACCACAGCAAGGUAACAAAGCUGGGGGUGUUGCCAGAGUCUCACACCCUGCAGGUGAUCCUGGGUUGUGAAAUGCAAGAGGACAACAGCACCGGUGGGUUCUGGAAGUAUGGGUACGAUGGGCAGAACCAUCUUGAAUUCUGCCCUGAGACACUGGACUGGAAAGCAGCAGAGCCCAGGGCAUUGGCCACCAAGCUGGAAUGGGAAGUGAACAAGAUACGGGCCAAGCAGAACAGGGCCUACCUCCAGAAGGACUGCCCCGAGCACCUGCAGCAGUUGCUGGAGCUGGGGAGAGGGAUUCUGGACCAGCAAGUGCCUCCUUUGGUGAAGGUGACUCAUCACAUGGCCUCUGCAGUGACCACUCUCCGGUGUCAGGCUCUGAACUUCUACCCGCCAAACAUCACCAUGAGGUGGUUGAAGGACAGGCAGCCAUUGGAUGCCAAGGACAUCGAGCAUAAGGACAUGCUGCCCAAUGGGGAUGGGACCUACCAGAGCUGGAUGGCUUUGGCUGUGCCCCCUGGGGAAGAGCACAGAUACACCUGCCUGGUGGAGCACCCAGGCCUGGAUCAGCCCUGCACUAUUACGUGGGAGCCCUCGCCAUCUGGCACCCUCGUCAUUGGAGUCAUCAGUGGGAUUGCUGUUUGUGUCAUCAUCUUCCUUAUUGGAAUUCUGCUCAGAAUCUUUAGGAAACGGCAGGCUUCGAAAUCCAAAUCUAGCAGAGAAUGAAAUCUUUAACACAAGUAAAUGCAGUUGAAGAAGAGCCCAUAAGCUCCUAAGGCAGACAUGAAGAAAACUCUUUGGGGUUCCUAAGGAAGGCAUUCAGCUGGGGAUCAAGAAUGAGUUCUGGAUCUUGAGGAAGUAAGACUUCAUUAGGUAAGGUUGAGGAUGAGGGGAGGUCUACACAGAUAGAACAACCAUGCAAAUAGAAUAUGAAGCAUGCUGGGAGGUGAGAUUAUUACUGUGUCUCAUCCUUGGCCUUGCAUACCUGUCAGUCACCAAUUCUGCAUUUCUGCCUUCUGAACAUCUGUGAUUUGGGGAAAAGGGACAGACUGGAGCCCGCUGAUGCAGAGCUCUGGGGACUUUGUGACGAUGUAACAUGAGCGCUGGGGAGUCAAUGCAAGAACAUGAGCAAGGAGGGGCACAGUCCCUGUGGCGUGGAGGUGGGAUGAGAGGCAAGGAGACCAGUUAGAAAACUAUUAUGCAAUUCCAGACAAAAGUUAAUCGUGCCUGAAAUCCAGCAGUUCCUUAGGAAGGGAAUGGUCAGAGUUGAGAUGAAUGUAUGAGGAAGGUGAGACGCAGGGAGGAGGCAAAAUGGUAUCUCAGUCUGUGAUGCUUCUUU